UCAGUAGUUCAGUUCCUCCAGAAGCUAAUAGAACCACAGAGCAGUUCCUCCAGUAGAUAAUAGAACCACGGAGCAGUUACUCCAGUAAAUAAUAGAACCACAGACAGUUACUCCAGUAGAUAAUAGAACCACGGAGCAGUUACUCCAGUAGAUAAUAGAACCACGGAGCAGUUACUCCAGUAGAUAAUAGAACCACAGAGCAGUUACUCCAGUAGAUAAUAGAACCACGGAGCAGUUACUCUAGUAGAUAAUAGAUCCACAGAGCAGUUACUCCAGUAGACAGUAGAACCACGGAGCAGUUACUCCAGUAGAUAAUAGAACCACGGAGAAGUUACUCCAGUAGAUAAUAGAUCCACAGAACAGUUAAUCCAGUAGACAGUAGAACCACGGAGCAGUUACUCUUUAAAUUGAUAUUUUCAGAAAAACAUUCUCUUUUAAUGAUCAAAAUGGACUCAGUCCAAACCCAAAUCGUCUUUGGACUUCAGAUUGACGGUGGACUUCUGAGCGGCCUCCUUGUACAACUCGUCCUUGGACUCCAGCUGGUAUGGGGAGGACGAGUAGGAGGUACAGAGGUCCCUUUAUCCUGCAGGUUCUGGCGAGGAUUAACAGAGCAGGAGCUUAACCUGAGGCAGAGGAAGAUGAAGAUCAAGCACAGGGUCUUCUACUUCUGGGAUACCGGGAAAAAGGACUGCCUACCCUGUACUAGAUGCCAGACCCGUGGCCUAGUUACCCUUCUUCCUUGCCAAUAUUUUAGGGACAGUGUUUGUGUGAAAAGCUCUGACUGGAGCAGACAUAUUUGGCAGAAAGAAAUAUCUGAAUAUCAGGAUUAUAGCUCUGGUCUAGAGGAUUCUAUAGAUGAAGCUGUUUUGGUUUACAGUGCUGCUCCUGAUUCACAGAUUUCUGAUCAUACGGAGGUUUGGGGGGAGGAGCAGCGGGAAGCAGGACUAAGGACGGAUAGUCCUAGCCGUAGACUCGCCAGGACGGAUCCAAGAGGACAAAGGACAAAGAACGUGAUUUCAGAAGAGUUUUCUGAUUAUGGGAAACCUAGUUUCUAUUCGGAGUCGGAGUCUAGUGUAGAGAAUAGUGUGGAGAGGCCAAGAACCCCAUUCGUUGAUGUUAUCAGAGAGUUCUUGGAAAAAAACAUUUCAAGAAGUAAUGAAAAAUAUAUUCCGUUGAGUACUCAGAGUACACAUAUUGAGUACAAGCAACCAGUACUGUACUCCCCUGCUGUUCAGUACAAACCAGCUGUACCCUUGGUGCCUACUGACCGUACACUGUACACUUUAAAAACUACCCAAGAUACUAGAACGUUCUUUAAGACGCGUUCACGGAGACCACAAAUCAAAACUACGGUACAACAAACAACAAUACUGAACACCACUCCUGUGUACAUUGAAAAGCAGUACAGUACAGCUAGACCAGUAAGAAAGUACAUUGAGGUUCCAUCUAAACAACAGUUAGGAACCCGAAACCAAAAAACUUUUGAUAGAGAAAGUAGAUCAGGCCUGUGGAGGGUAGAGGAAGACUAUGAUGAUAAAAAUGAUGAAUUUGGAAUAACUCAUCAACAAAUAGAAAACACAACUAGAUCUGCCGGAGAAAGAGCAUUCGAAGAAAUCCGUCAUCUGAUCCAACUGGAGGAGCAGGAUCCUGAUCUUAAACCUCUUCAGCUUACCCUCCUCCUCUCAUCCGUCCUUGCAGGAACCCUUCUCCUUGUACUCAUAGGAGUUAUUGGUUGGAACAAAUAUAAAUCUUCACAGUUUAAAAUUCUAAACAAUGCGGAUACAACCUACCACAACAUGUCCCCCUUCCCCACCUCCUUCCCCCUGGAGAGGGGACAGGAGGAGUCCAGGAUAGGCGAAGGAGAAUCUACCGUUGCUCCUGCAGUUGCCAGGAGUUUGAAAAAUAUUCGUCAAGAAUCGACCGAGUCGAGGUCGACAUUACAGUCCUGUGUUGUGGACGAACGAGGACGAACCAUACUUAAGGUUUAAUCCUCGUUUAAGGGGACUGUGUAAACGUAAUUUUGAGUGAUCAAGUUUACAGAUUCUCUCAUUCAUAACCUUAUCCUUCCAACCUUGG